GAGCUGGCCCUGAAAUUCUUGGAUGCCUUGGAUGCCUUGGGGCUUCCCAAGUUCCCUUCCUACGGAGCGCACUCCUAUUUUGGCCGCUUCGCCAGAUGGGCCCUGAGGGAGUUCUUGUCCGAAGCAGCGUCCGCUGUUGAUCAGGCCACAGCAACACCAGCGCACAUUCUCGAAAGGCUGGGGGUGUGUAUCCCGCUGAUGGAGGCAGCUCCGUCCGAAAAGAGCCCUUCACACGUGAUGCUGAGCCCUGGUGCCGGGCUGCUGCCUGCUGGCCACGGUUUUCAGCGCGGCGACUGGUUGCUGGUCACGUUCCCUCCGACAGGGACUCCAGGCAUCAGUGUCACCACACGUGGCGACGUGAGCGUGGAAGCAGAGGUUGUGAACAUCAUCCCGCCCCCCGGACAAGGGAUACUGGUCAGGAUGGUGGGCGAGCUCGGCAAGAACGCAGGGGAAAAGUUCAACAAGAAGACCUGCAGAGUCGAUCGUGUGGCCAACCACGUCACCUUGGGCCGUCAGCUGAACGCCCUGAUCACCCUUGGCGGAGCCACGCACGAUGAAAAGAAGAAGCCUGAGCCAGAGGGCGGCAAGAAAGGAAAGAAGGGAAAGAGCAAGGAGUCCAACUCGCCGGCCUGGCUGAAGGAGGUGCUGCUGGCCGCAGACAAUGGGCUGAUGGGAAGGGAAGCUGGCCUCGCCAAGGUGGAGUUUCAGGGAGCCGGCAUCUCCCACCACUCCCCCCUGGUCAAGGAAUGCAAUGACUCCCAGAGGGAGGCUCUCUUGGCAGCUGGCUGCAGGCGGCUCACUCUCAUCCAGGGUCCACCGGGAGCCGGGAAGACCACCACCGCGCUGCUGCUGGUCCGCGGCUGGACGGCUGCGCGGCGUGGGCCAGUGCUUUGCUGCGCUGAUAGCAACAUUGCUGUGGACAAUCUGACCGCAGGCUGCGCCAAAGCUGGGUUGAAGGUCGUGCGGAUUGGCCGACCUGAAGCGACCCGCUAUGACCUUGAGAAGUACAACCUCCUUGAAAUGGUGAAGGAUGCCAAAGCGCAGGAUCCCAACGCCGAGGACAGGGGUCACUUUGCUCACCAGAGGGCCAUCCUGGAGGAUGCAGAGGUGGUUUGCAGUACUUGUGCUGGUGCAGACCAUCCAGUCCUACAGGGCAAGGACUUUGGUUGCGUGCUAAUUGAUGAAGCUGGCCAGACAACUGAACUGGCGGUGCUGGUCCCCUUAAUGAAGAUGAGGGCGGACGGUGUGGUGACUCUUGUGGGUGACCACCGACAGCUCCCCCCAACCAUCAGCAACGUUGAUGUAGAUGUUGAGGGCCUAGGAACUUCCCUUUUCGAGCGACUGUCCUCUCAUGGAGUUGAGCCGUUCAUGCUGGACGUGCAGUACCGCAUGCAUCCAGCUAUUGCGGCAUUCCCCUCUGUUGCCAGCUACAAUGGCAAGCUGCGCUCUGGUGUAUCCGGUACCAAGAGGAAAGCUCCCCAAGGCAUUGCUUGGCCCAUGCCAGAAGCGCCUGUGACUUUCCUGCCGGUUGACGGCGCCGAAAAGUCGGAGGGAACCUCUUGGUUCAAUGAAACGGAAGUGGAGGCCGUCGAGGCUUUGCUGGGCAGCGCUCUCGCUUGGAACGAUAUUGCGCCAACAGAGAUCGGCGUCAUCACGCCCUAUGCGGCGCAGGCUCGGCUCAUCCGACGUCGCCUGGGCUGCCCUCCGCCCGGCAAAAGGGCUGCUGCAGGCGCAGUGGGUGUCGCCUUGGUAGAGGUGAGCAGCGUUGAUGGCUUUCAAGGCCGAGAAAAGGACCUCAUCAUCGUCUCGACUGUCAGGGCUAACACCAGUGGCAAGGUGGGCUUCCUGGGAGAUCCUCGUCGGCUGAACGUGACCAUCACCCGUUCCCGGCGCGGUUUGGUGGUGGUUGGCCACUUCGACACCUUGGCCGCGGAUGAACACACCUGGAGGCCUUGGCUGACGUGGGCUCAGGAGCGUGGCCUAGUUGCGGGCUCUGAAGCCAGCAACCCCACCGCUGUGGGAGCUCUCAAACAGUUAGAGCUGCUGACAGAAGAUCAACUUCUGAAAGCGCUGGAUGCGACGUACACGACAAAGAAGCAGUGCCCGGUGACGCCACACAAGCUGGAGUCCCCAUCCGGCCAGCUGAGGAUGCAGUUCAUCUUCUUGUACUACGAUCACAACCGCAAUGGCCAGUUGGAGGUUGAGGAGGUAGCCAAGAUGAUCGAGCACAUUCAGCAGCUGCGGGGCGAGAGCCAUGCAGAUGCUUUGGCAAAUGCCAAGGCUUUGGUUUCAUACUAUUCGGGAGUUUUUGGCUUUGCAGCCUUCUAUGAUGCAGCGCAGAACAGGCCCGACGAGUUGGCGUCGCUGUCCGCUUUGUCAGGUCGGGAGUGCCAACAUUGCAGCGAGCAACGGCAUGCGCACAGCUCAGUGGCGCAGCGCGUGGCAUCCAAGGCUUCUUUGACAUCAGAGCGCAUGUGGACGGCAUGCCCGCGCCAAGAAGAUGUCACCGUAUGCUCUGACAUGGGGCGAAUCUCUCCAUUUUCUGUUGGCUACGCCGGCGCUGAGAUUUCGGAUAAGCAGCCGGAAGGCCGCGCUGCCAACAUCCUGCUGCGCAGGGUGUGGCAGCAGGUCAAGGUCAACGCUGAUGCCGAGACCUGCUACCUAGGUCACGAAUCUCCUAUUUUGAUCUUCAGGGCUCGUACAGCCGACGGCCGUGAACAGUUGUUCACGACGGAGCCCUGGAAGCUGUAUUGUUUGCAGAGGGCCGCUGUGGCGCGUCGACGCCUUAAGCCGAUCAUCCAGCCGCGUUUCAUCCUGGAUGCUGCUGUGAUAGAGGACAUCCUCGACAGCGUCCACAUCCCGGAAAACUUAAAUGAAAUUCGCAUUGUCAGCCCCGAUGGGGCAGAAGAUCACUUUUCUUGGGAGAAGUUCGAAAGGCCCAAGACGGGUGACACUGUGGUCGAACUGCUACGCUUGGAGGAUUCGUUGGUAGAGGUCCGAUUUCCGUGCCGAGUCUACGGUGAUAUCCACGGGCAGCUACUGGACCUGCUGGAGUUUUUCAACGCCUUCUCCUGGCCGGACAAGCGCCGAGGAGACAUCUUCUCCAUGAACUAUGUCUUCUUGGGGGACUUCGUCGAUCGAGGUGCGUACUCGUGUGACGUCGUCGCUCUCCUCUUCUCGCUGAAGAUCCUGUAUCCACAGCGAAUUUUCCUCAUAAGAGGAAACCAUGAGGACCGCUUGAUGAACGUAAAUUAUGGGUUCCACGCGGAUUGCACCAGGAAGUUCGGUCGGGAUGGUGACGGAAUUUGGGAGCGAGUGAACGACGUUUUCGAGUUCCUGCCCAUUGCUGCUCUGGUGGAAGGCGCUAUACUCUGCAUCCACGGUGGGAUCGGGGACUCCAUCCUGUCCUUGGACGACUUGCGGGGGAUUCCCAAGCCCAUCCAGGUUGUUGGGGAGAUCAACGAAAGGACCACACGUCGGGAUCGCAUGGUGCUGGAUGCCUUAUGGUCGGAUCCAACGGACAACGACCAGGUCCUGGGUGUCCAGGUCUCUCCAAGGGGCAAGAACACUUGCCGCUUCGGGCCGGACCGUGUUCAGGACUUCAACCGCCGGAACUCCUUGAAGUUGAUCAUUCGUGCGCAUGAAUGUGUUCAGCAUGGCUACGAAUAUUUUGCUGCUGGCCAGCUGUUGACGGUUUUCUCAGCAACCAACUACUGCAACCAGCAUGACAAUGAUGGUGCCAUGGUGGUUCUUGUCAAGGAUGAUCGAACAGGAGAGGUGGUGGAGCAUGCGCAGGUCAUCAAAAGCGGCACCGCAGAUGCCUGA